GGCAACUGAGGAACUGCAUGGGAUGUGAGAUGACCCACUCUUACUUCGUCCGUUUAGCUCUGAGGUUCUUAUGAUAUUUUUUGUCAGGACAUCAUGAAAUGACUGUAAAAUAGAGAAUAAGACUGUUAUUUUUUAUUAAAUCUCAGAAGCUUCAUAUGAAACCAAAUACUAUUUGAACAAUGGGUUUUCAGAAAUAUACAUUAGCAGUAAUAGUGUUAGCACCUAUUAUAGCAUAUUUAGGAAUAAAAUUUCAUGAAACAAAUGAAACGCCGAAAUUAGAAUUGGAAUAUUGGGGACCAGGAGAAGAAAAAAUUGACGAUAAAACAAUAAAGCCAUUUAAAAUCAGUUUUCAAUCCUCUGAACUGAAGGAGCUUAAAGAAAAAUUGGAUAAACCGCGGUCAUUCACUCCCCCUCUCGAAGGUAUUGGUUUUGAAUAUGGUAUAAACACUGAUUACUUGAAAGAUAUUCUUCAAUUUUGGAGGACAAAGUAUAACUGGACAGAAAGAGAGACUUACCUCAACAGCUUCCCUCAGUUCACAACACAAAUUGGGGGUCUGAAUAUUCAUUUUUUACAUGCAAAAGUAGAUCCUGUUAAAUCAAAAGGUAAACAAGUUCUGCCACUGAUUGUUCUGCAUGGAUGGCCAGGUGCAGUUAGAGAAUUCUACAACUUGAUUCCAUUGUUAACAACACCUCAACCAGAUUCUAAUUUUGUCUUUGAAGUAGUUAUUCCUUCCCUUCCUGGCCACACAUUUUCACAAGGAGCUUCCAAACCUGGCUUAGCACCAGCGAAAAUUGCAGUUUUGUUUAAUGAACUUAUGUCGAGGCUUGGUCAUGAUAAGUAUUAUGUACACGGAGGAGAUUGGGGCUCUGUGAUAGGCAAUAAUAUGGCUAUUUUAAAUCCUGACAAGGUUCUAGGUUAUCAUUCAACAUUCUGUUUGGCAAGUAAUUUUCAAUCAAGAAUUCGCACACUUGUCGCAUACUUAUUUCCACGGUUUUUUGUUGAUGAGUCAUUGCAGGAGCAAUAUGUAAAGCAGUUCGCUAAUUUUUAUUUGUUAGAGGGAGGAUACCUUCAUAUUCAAUCAACAAAACCUGAUACAAUAGGUGUCGCCAUGAAUGAUUCUCCGACAGGAUUGGCAGCAUAUAUCCUUGAAAAGUUCUCAACUUGGACCAAUAAAAACUGGCGAUCUCUACCAAACGGUGGUCUAGACAAUUUAAACAAAGUUGAACUCAUUGAUCAUAUUAUGCUAUAUUGGCUUACUAAAAGCAUAACAACAUCGAUGAGGAUUUACAAGGAAAAUUUCAGUGGAGAAUAUAUGAGUCUAGGGAUUGAAAAAAAUAUAAACACUGUACCAAGUGCUUGUGCUUGGUUUAAGAAUGAAUUACUGUAUUUUCCAAAAUUUGUACUGAAAGCUGCUUACAAAAAUUUGGUUCAAAUCAGCCACUUCCCAAAAGGUGGACACUUUUCCGCGUACGAAGAGCCAGAACUAGUCGCAGAUGAUAUCUGGAAGUUUGUGAAAACCCUUAACACAGCAAAGAGUGCUAACUAAAAAAUUUGAAAAACUGUUUCAAAUUCAAUUUUUUAUUGAAUUUGAAAAUAAUGUAAUAUUGUAAAUAAAUAAAUGUUAUGUUUGUUUUUAUUUUAGUAUGUUUUAGAAAAAAAAAAGAAGAAAUUUCAUUGUUUUUAUAAAUGUUACAUUUGAUAAAAGUGAUAUUAAUCAAAAUUGUAAAAAUAAACUUUAAAAAAAAAAGCAUAUCUAGUUAAUAUGUAAGAUAACUUCCCUUCUAUAUUAGGUUAUAAAGAAACUAUUUAGUGUCACAUAAACAUAAUAAUUUGUAAAUAGUAGCUUUAUAAAAUAAUUACACCUGUGAUAUAUUUCAGUUAAAGGGGUCAAAGAGUUUUACUGUAAAUAUUAAUUGAAUAAAAGUGAAUAUAAACAUAAUGUGAACAGGUAUUAUGGAUAUAAUUAUUGAAAUAUAAUAGAAGAUUAUAGAAGGAAGAAACACUAUUGUAGAAUAUAAAAAUGUUUGUAACGAAAUUUGAUUUUGUUAAGCAUUAUUUGUUUGAAGGUAAUGUUUUAAUGUGUUUUUUUUUUUUUUAAUAACUGUUAAAGUAUAAAAAGUAUUUAUUUAUUUCUUACUUUGACCAUUUUCC